GGGAGAGAGAGUGAGGAGAGAGAGAGCUAGGGGAGAGAGAGUGUGGAGAGUGAGACAGAGAGCGGCUGCUCUCGGAUCGUUCGGCAGCUCUCUUCUUCUCUAUGCCCUCGCCCCUCUUCUUCUUCUGUUUGUACUGCAGCCGCCAAAGUCAGCAGAAAGUUUCAAUCCCCUCUGAUAUAGGUUAAUCUGAUUAUGAAGAUUGUCUUCUUCAAUGAAGGCCAACAUGGAGACUCCUUUUUACCACGACGACUCCCCUAUUGUCCCUGGCUUCAGCAACAUUGCAGAACACGAGCGUUACUCUGGAAACAAGACGCUGAUCAGUAAGAAGGCCACGUCAAUGAUGGGCAUUCAUCACUUUCCCAGCAAUGAAGCAACAGGGGGAAGGAGUGGAAACCACAAUAAUCUAGGACUUGCCAGCAACAGGUCCCUGAUGACAGCAGGCGACAUAAACCUGCUGAAGAUGGCGUCCCCCGACCUGGAGCAUCUGAUCAUACAUUCAAACCAGGCAAUGGUCACCGCCAGCCCAGUUUCAAAUUCUACCAAUCCCUUCCUCUACCGUAACCAGGCCACCAACGAGCAAGAAGGAUUUGCUGAUGGCUUUGUCAAAGCGCUCGCCGACCUUCACAAGCAGAACCAGUUGGUGGGAUGUGGCCCCAUGUCCCCGUCCUCAUCUUCCACUGUCUCCCUACAGGCGUCCUACCAGAGGAACCCAAUGUCUGGCGGAGACCUCCCCGUCUACACCAACCUCAGCAGCUACCACCUGGGCCAGAUGACAUACCCUGGUGGGCAGAUGGCGUACAAUAGCAGCUCAGGCCACAGUGGCGAUGGAGCCCCUCAACCACAAGCCCAAGGCCUUGACGCCCCUCAGAUCGUGCCUGAGGUCUCUCAUCCGCCUGCUGAACCUGCUUCCCCGCCCUCCCUCCUCCCGAUCAACCUGGAGACACAGGAGCGUAUCAAAUCAGAACGCAAGAAACUCCGCAACCGUAUUGCUGCGUCAAAAUGCCGGAAGCGGAAGCUGGAGCGAAUAACGCGGCUUGAGGAUAAAGUGCGAGUUAUGAAGAACCAGAACUCGAAACUGGCCUCCAACGCUGCCAUGCUGCGGGAGCAGGUUGCACAGCUCAAACAGAAAGUUAUGAGUCAUGUCACUAAAGGCUGCCAGAUCGCUGUUGGCUCGACCCCCACCAAGUCUGUGGUAUGUGGGGGAGGCCCUGGCAAUAAGGACUCCAGCUGCUGAGGAGAUGGGAAACCAGGACAAGGUGUCAAAUAAGCUGAGGCCGAUGGCUUAAUUUCGACAUUUUGCAAUUAGUUUGCAGCGCUGGUCAAAGCAAGCUAAGGGGAGACCCACAGGACAAAGGGAUGUAAAACAGGUUUUAUCUAGCCCUGUAAAAAACUCUGAACCAUCCAGCCUACGGGGAGGAGAAUGAGGAGACAGGACAGAUAACUAACUUAACCAUUGUGUUGUCUUACUAUCAACUGUUGUACUUCCUGUUUGACUAUUUACAAAGCAUAUAGUAUAAAUAAUCACCCAAAUCUAUGUAACACAUUUCUUCCUUAUUAUUAUCACAAGUUUUACUGUUCUUUUUUAAAUGUAUGGUCAAUAGACCUCAUUUACGCAAAAUCAAACUUAAUGUUUGAGCUAAAAAAGGAAAAAACUUCAAAUGGUUUGAUAAAAAUUGACCCCAGAAGACCAAAGAUGCUAUCAUUUUGAAAAAAAAACAAAACCUAAUGAAAGAGUUCAUAAUUAUUUUCUCUUGGAACGUUAUACAGAUAUAAAUACAUAUGGGCACGGGUCAAAUCUGACCCAAAGACAACAGGAAGGUUAAGAGACUGUGUGCGAACAGAUCGUACAAAUAUUUUUUACAGUUUAAUUCAAUUCCACCUCAGUUGUUUAAGUUUCCAGUUCAGAAGGGCAUUCAAGAAUUAUUAACUUUCAGAGCAUUAUAUUUAUUACAUCUCAGUCAAUAGACUGUACUGUUGAAAGUCUUAUUUUUAAAUGCACUAUUUGGAUUUUUUUUACAGGGUUAAGAAAAUUUGUAAAGAAAGGUAAUCCAAAAACUCUAAUAAAAAUGACUGAAGCUAUUAAUAAUGAUGUAAUCAAGUUAUCAUAUUAGUUAGUUAAAGAGUGAUGAGCAGAUUUAGAAUUUGCGGCUCACUUGAAAUGACUGAGCUGCAGUCUGUUUUGUAACUGGAUCACUGUAAUAUAUUUAGUUUUUCUACUACUAUACUGCUGUGUGUUAACAGGUAAAAGACCAUGACUUUUCAAAAACUUUCACAACUUUUGUUUUCAUAGUGACUUUUUAUGGUUACUGUCAUUGCUUUAUGAAAUCUGAUAACUGGAAUGUCUUGCUCUGCUGUGGUUGGUAAAAUACACUGUUUUUGAUUAUGUUUCUUUGUUUUCAUCUGUUUUUGCUGGUUGAUAAUAAUCUUAAAGCUAGUUUUGAUCAAGAAGGAGAUAUCAGGACAGUUAUGUUCAGUUUAAGAUCUGCUACGAAAAAGGCAUCCGUAUAAGGAUUGAGUCUCUCUAUUUAAAACAUUAUGUAUAUCUUUACUUUUCAACUAGACUGAAAAAAACUGAUGAGGGAACUAAUUUCACUGUAAACUUAACAGCAGAUUAAACAAAUAGUUAACCCAUA